UCCAAAAAAACAAAACAAAACAAAAAGCCUUUAGAAUGUGAUUAGAAAUAAUUUUUGGAUUGGUAUAGAUUAACUUUGAAUGUUUUUCUGUGUUAAUUAGAGGAAGGAAGUGGGAUAAAUGUAAAGUUUUAAAAAAUGCUCCUUUUUCAAAAUUUGGAGGUGUUAGGUAUUAUGAAGAAUCUUUUAAAGUUUUACUCAUUUAAAAAAUUCAGAUAAAAUAGAAGAUUCAUUCUUAAGGAUGGUGAUAUCAGAAAUGUAAAUGCUGUGUCAUUGUCAUUUCUUAUUUUGGCCUACAUAACCAGACUUCAGACAUCAUGCUGCCUGUAUCACAUGGCUAACAGUGGGAGGUAUCUGGUUUAUUCUUCCUGGAGAAAUAGAUUGAAAUUCAUUUGAACAGAAAUGUUGAAGGCAGGUGCCUGAUCCAAAGUGCAUUUAGUCAGGACUGAACACAAGCUGCCUGGAUAGUUCCAGUAAGGAAGCAAGCUCUCAUAGUAGCACCUUUCAAGGGAUAAAUAGAAGAGGACAGAGUCAGCAACAGGCCAUUGGUAAACCAGAUUGCCAAUUUCUCAUCAGACAGAAUGAGCACAGACGGCAAGUGAAUGGCUCUAGAUGCGAAUGACCUAAAAUUUUCAGGAGGACUUCAUGGAACUUAAAAGGCAGUUGCAGCAGUGCAGAAUGGCCGACCUCAGUCUUGCAGAUGCAUUAACAGAGCCAUCUCCAGACAUUGAGGGAGAGAUAAAGCGAGACUUCAUUGCCACACUAGAGGCAGAGGCCUUUGAUGAUGUUGUGGGAGAAACUGUUGGAAAAACAGACUAUAUUCCUCUCCUGGAUGUUGAUGAGAAAACCGGAAACUCAGAGUCAAAGAAGAAACCGUGCUCAGAAACUAGCCAGGUUGAAGAUACUCCAUCUUCUAAACCAACACUGCUAGCCAAUGGUGGUCAUGGAAUAGAAGGGAGCGAUACUACAGGGUCUCCAACUGAAUUCCUUGAAGAGAAAAUGGCCUACCAGGAAUACCCAAAUAGCCAGAACUGGCCAGAAGAUACCAACUUUUGCUUCCAACCUGAGCAAGUGGUCAAUCCUAUCCAGACUGAUCCCUUUAAGAUGUACCAUGAUGAUGACCUGGCAGAUUUGGUCUUUCCCUCCAGUGCAACAGCUGAUACUUCAAUAUUUGCAGGACAAAAUGAUCCCUUGAAAGGCAGUUACGGUAUGUCUCCUUGCAACACAGCUGUUGUACCUCAGGGGUGGUCUGUGGAAGCCUUAAACUCUCCACACUCAGAGUCUUUUGUUUCCCCGGAGGCUGUUGCAGAACCUCCUCAGCCAACAGCAGAGGUAGCCAAGGAGAUAGAAAUGGCAUCAGAAGAAGAGAGGCCAGCAGCACAAGCGUUGGAAAUAAUGAUGGGACUGAAGACUACUGACAUGGCACUAUCUAAAGAAACAGAGAUGGCUCUCGCCAAGGACAUGGCACUAGCCACAAAAACAGAGGUGGCAUUGGCUAAAGAUAUGGAAUCACCCACCAAAUUAGAUGUGACACUGGCCAAGGACAUGCAGCCAUCCAUGGAAUCAGAUAUGGCCCUAGUCAAGGACAUGGAACUGCCCAUAGAAAAAGAAGUGGCCUUGGUUAAGGAUGUCAGAUGGCCCACAGAAACAGAUGUGUCUUCAGCCAAGAAUGUGGUACUGCCCACAGAAACAGAGGUAGCUCCAGCCAAGGAUGUGACACUGUUCAAAGAAACAGAGAGGGCAUCUCCUAUAAAAAUGGACUUGGCCCCUUCCAAGGACAUGGGACCACCCAAAGAAAACGAGAUAGACCCAGCCAAGGGUUUGGUAUUACUCUCAGAAAUAGAGGUGGCACAAGCUAACGACAUUAUAUCAUCCACAGAAAUAUCCUCUGCUGAAAAGGUGGCUUUGUCCUCAGAAACAGAGGUAGCCCUGGCCAGGGACAUGGCCCUGCCCCCGGAAACCAACGUGAUCUUGACCAAGGAUAAAGAACUGCCUUUGGAAGCAGAGGUGGCCCUAGUCAAGGACAUGGCUCAACUCCCAGAAACAGAAAUGGCCCUGGGCAAGGAUGUGGCUCCGUACACAGUAAAAGAAGUGGGCUCAUUGAAGGACAUGUCUCCACUGUCAGAAACAGAAAUGGCUCUGGGCAAGGAUUUGACUCCACCUCCAGAAACAGAAGUAGCUCUCAUCAAGAACGUAUGUCUGCCUCCAGAAAUGGAGGUGGUCCCGACUAAGGAUCAGGUCCCAGCCCUCAAAACAGAAGCACCCCUGGCUAAGAAUGGGAUUCUGACCCUAGCCAACAAUGUGACUCCAGCCAAAGAUGUUCCACCACUCUCAGAAACAGAGGCAACACCAGUUCCAAUUAAAGACAUGGAAAUUGCACAAACACAAAAAGGAAUAAGUGAGGAUUCCCAUUUAGAAUCUCUGCAGGAUGUGGGGCAGUCAGCUGCACCUACUUUCAUGAUUUCACCAGAAACCGUCACAGGCAUGGGGGAAAAGUGCAGCUUGCCAGCCGAUGAGGAUUCUGUGUUAGAAAAACUAGAGGAAAAGAAACCAUGCAACAGUCAACCUUCUGAGCUUUCUUCAGAGACCUCAGCCAACUUCAUGUAUUGCGGUACCCCUCCCACACAAGCCAAACAAGCUUGCAGACCCAGUGACCGCAGGUCAGCCCGGCCCAAGCCUGCCAGGGUCCCUCCUGAGCUGCUGGGAGGCUCUCCUCCAUGGAAGACUCUUGAUCACAGGCUGGGCCACUGCUCUUUGUCUGAGUCAGGUUGGGUCUCUAGUUCAUCCUCCUGUGGUGGGCCUGGGAACCAAAGAAAAAGUAUUCAUGUUGACUCACUUGAACCCCAGAGGGAUCUUGGCAGGGAGGCCUGGGAUAUAGAAAGCACACCAAUAAUGAUGAAGAAAAAGAAGAAGAAACCAAAGCAAAAGAGAUAUUCUCAACCGCGGGCUGGAGGACCUUGGGAUGAUGACAAUGCAGAUAAACCUAAAGGUCAUCCCUUUGCAGCUGACACACAAAAAUCAGGUGUUCUCCCCAGCCAGCCUACCACUAUGGGUACAGAAUAUGGACUUGUAUCUGGAGAAAACUUGAAAAGGGAAUGUGUAGUUAACUCCAGUGCAGCCAGAUUAGUAACUGAGAACUUUGUCUCAGAGAGUCUCAGAAUUCCUUUAUAUCCUUCAGAAGAAACCCCCAAAACUGCAGUAAGUUAUCAGUCUAAGCUGAGAGUAGAGGAAGAGAGCAAAGGUAACAAGUCAGUACCAGAAGGCCAAGACAAGAAAUUGCUGAAGCAACAUGAACACAGACCACAGCCUGCACCCCACCUGAAGACUCCUAUAGAUAAAAGCCAGUCAGUAGGCCCUCUCAAUCUGAAAGGACCCCUAGCAGACGUUUCUGUAUACAAUGCAGAAACUCCUUUGGAUAUCAGACUCAAAGAGGGUUGCUCUCCUAUCUUGGACCAAGGGGUUAUGGGUGUAGUUUCAAAACCCACAGCAGCAAAAGAAAUACCAAAUUUGAUACCCACUUUGAUAGCAAGUAAUCCAUUAGAAUGUAAUCUAAAAGAAGGGAAUAAUGAAAGUAAAAUGACUAAACUGCAGAAUGUCAAACUGAAGGAGUUUCCUGAAGGAGCUGAAGAGGAUAAAGAACUAAAAAAGGAAGCUUUUCCCAACCAAAGACAAGAGAUCAGCGUCUUUACUUCUGAGCAGCUGCAGGGCCAACUGUUGGUACAGGUCCCUGGGGUAGAGAAUGAACCAUUUAAGAGAAUGGCAGGUGAUGGCAAAAGCAGGAAGGGAAGGGGAAGUUCUGGGAAAAUGAGAACAGACUCUGGGAAGGUAAAAGCAAAAUCUGAGAUGCCAUUUCCUCUGGACAGUCAGAAGGACGGAAGGGCUGUUCUCAUACCGAGUGAACCAGUCUCUAAAACUGAAGGAAUGACUACUCAGGAUAAGAGUGAGGAGCUGGGGCUGAAUUCUUCAAAGCAACCAGGCACUAAGGCUGAUCUCACGGAGGCACUGGUGAUGGGGGAGCCUAAAGAGAUGACUCAGCCUAAGAUGGCAGGCACCAUGCAGGCAUUAAUUCCUUUGGAAAGUGGAUCAGGCAUCACUCAGACUUCUGGUGUUAGGACAGAAACAGGAGAUGUAGUCAAAGAUAUGGGUGUCAGUAACCAGAGCAAGGAAGGAAAGUGUCCAUGGAAGGAUCAUGAGGCAGCUCCCUGGAUCUCUGAAAAGCCUAAAAAGAGAGGCAAUGAAGGCAAAAGCAAAAAGUUUAAAAAUAGUUAUUCCACACAGCCUGCUAGAAUGGAGAGGAAGGAAGAAAUCCUCAACCCACCUUUUGAAGGGAAGGUUGGAGAUGCUGGUAGUAUUCCCCAUAAAAGCAAGGAAAUUGGAUUUACUGUCCCCAAAAUGCAUGAUUCUUUGUUCUCACAUACACCAGAUACACCCACAGUGGAAGUAGUUGACAGGAAGGGUGGAAAUUUUGAGGUUAAUUUUGUUGAGCUUGGGACUCUUGGGGAAAACAAAAUAAGCACAGUCAAGGCUUCUGCUGUUACUGAACAACCUGCCAAGGUGACAGAUGUGAGCUGCCAAGAGCAAAUCCAGGGGGCAGGAUUUGUUCCUUCAGUAGUAUCUGAGGAGAAUAAGACAGAUGCAGCCAAUAGAUACACUUCAGUGGCUGACAAACCAAGUAAAAGGAUUAAUGAUGGAAAAAGUAAAAAGGUUAAAAAUAGUUCUCCUGAGAAGCACAUUCUGGAGAAUAAGAUAGAUGCAACAAAAAUACAUGUUCCCAUGGAAACCACAGGGGACCAGGGAAUUGAAGGAAUGGCCUAUAUGGACGAAAAUAGAAAUAUUACAUUUACCUGUCCCAGAACACCAUCAGAGCUGAUAAAUAAAUCAUCUCCUCUAAAAGUUCUGGAAUCAGCAGCCUGUGAAAAACUGCCCACUCCUACUCCUCAAGUAGUAAAGGAAGGUGAUUCCUUUCCAGAUACCUUGGCAAAAAAUGGGCAAGAGAUAGCCCCAGCCCAGAUUUCCAAAUCAUUAAUGGUAGAUAACUACACCAAAGAUGGAGUCCCAGAUCAAGAAAGACCCAAUGCUCCCUCUGCUGUUGUGCCCUCUACAAGCACAGGAGGAGUUGCUCUACCUAUUACAGCAGCCAUAGAAACAGUUAACAGUCAUGGAGAUCACUCUCUUAAAAAUAAAGCUGAGCUUGCUGAUUCCAUGAAAAAUGAAGCAGGGAUUGCUGAAGGGCAUGUGGUAGGAGAAUCUGAGUCAGUGGACAAUGGUGUGUCUAAGCAUUCAGUAGAGAAAGUCACAGAGCUAGCAAAAGGUCACCUCCUUCCUGGAGUGCCAGUAGAAGACCAGAGCCUACCAGGAGAGGCCAGAGCCCUAGAAGCAUAUGCAGAUAGAGGUAAUUUCCUAGCACAUCCAGUGAACGAAGAGAAAGAGACUAAAGAAGGGUCUGCUCCAGUUCAGAUUCCUGACUUACUGGGAGACAAAGCACAAAAACUCAGUUUUUUUCAGGACCAAAAUGCUCAAGAUAGAAAUUCGAAAGGUUCAGAUAGUUUGAAUAAGAAGGUAGAUCUGACUCUUUUGUCUCCAAAAAGUGAAAAUGAUAAAUUGAAAGAAAUUAGUCUGGCUUGUAGAAUCACGGAAUUGGAAAGUGUUUCCUUGCCAACACCAGAAAUCCAGUCAGAUUUCUUACAUAGCAAAGUCGAAGCUCCUCCUUCAGAGGUGGCGGAUAAGUUAGUAAUAAUGACUGCUUCCAAGGAUGUUCAACUCCCAGAACCCAAAGAUAAGAUUUUGGAGACACCUCAGAAAAUGACAGAAAAAUCUGAAUCAAAGACACCAGGAGAAGGGAAAAAGGAAGAUAAAAGCAGAAUGGCAGAACCAAUGAAAGGCUACAUGAGACCCACCAAGUCCCGAGGACUUACUCCACUUUUGCCAAAGUCUACAAUCCAGGAACAAGAGAGAUACAAGCAACUGAAGUCCACUGUUUGCUUGAGCUCAUCAACUGUCUACCAGCAGCUGGGAAUGUCAGUUUAUGGAAUAGCCAGGCCAGAAGAAGGAAGGCCUGCUGUGAGUGGGACCGGAAAUGACAUCACCACCCCACCAAACAAGGAGCUCCCACCAAGCCCAGAGAAGAAAACAAAGCCUUUGGCCACCACUCAACCUGCAAAGACUUCAACAUCGAAAGCCAAAACACAGCCCACUUCUCUCCCUAAGCAGCCAGCUCCCACCACCAGUGGUGGGUUGAAUAAAAAACCCAUGAGCCUUGCUUCAGGCUUAGUACCAGCUGCCCCACCCAAACGCCCUGCCGUCGCCUCUGCCAGGCCUUCCAUCUUACCUUCAAAAGACGUGAAGCCAAAGCCCAUUGCAGAUGCAAAGGCUCCUGAGAAGCGGGCCUCACCAUCCAAGCCAGCUUCUGCCCCGGCCUCCAGAUCUGGAUCCAAGAGUACUCAAACUGUCGCAAAAGCCACAACAGCUAGCUCUGUUGCCUCAACUGGCCCAAGCAGUAGGAGCCCCUCCACGCUCCUGCCCAAGAAGCCCACUGCAAUUAAGACUGAGGGAAAACCUGCAGAAGUCAAGAAGAUGACUGCAAAGUCUGUACCAGCUGACUUGAGUCGCCCAAAGAGCACCUCCACCAGUUCCAUGAAGAAAACCACCACUCUGAGUGGGACAGCCCCCGCUGCAGGGGUGGCUCCCACCCGAGUCAAACCCACACCCAUGCCCUCCCGGCCCUCCACAACUCCUUCCAUAGACAAGAAGCCCACCUCGGCCAAGCCCAGCUCCACCACCCCCAGGCUCAGCCGCCUGGCCACCAAUGCUUCUGCUCCUGAUCUGAAGAAUGUCCGCUCCAAGGUUGGCUCCACAGAAAACAUCAAGCAUCAGCCUGGAGGAGGCCGGGCCAAAGUAGAGAAAAAAACAGAGGCAGCUGCUACAACCCGAAAGCCUGAAUCUAAUGCAGUCACUAAAACAGCCGGCCCAAUUGCAAGUGCACAGAAACAACCUGCGGGGAAAGUCCAGAUAGUCUCCAAAAAAGUGAGCUACAGCCAUAUUCAGUCCAAGUGUGGUUCCAAGGACAAUAUUAAGCAUGUCCCUGGAGGUGGUAAUGUUCAGAUUCAGAACAAGAAAGUGGAUAUCUCUAAGGUCUCCUCCAAGUGUGGGUCUAAGGCUAACAUCAAGCACAAGCCUGGUGGAGGAGAUGUCAAGAUUGAAAGUCAGAAAUUGAACUUCAAGGAGAAGGCCCAGGCCAAGGUGGGAUCCCUUGAUAAUGUGGGCCACCUACCUGCAGGAGGUGCCGUGAAGACUGAGGGCGGUGGCAGCGAGGCUCCUCUGUGUCCGGGCCCCCCUGCUGGGGAGGAGCCGGCCAUCUCUGAGGCAGCGCCUGAAGCUGGCGCCCCCACUUCAGCCAGUGGCCUCAAUGGCCACCCCACCCUGUCAGGGAGUGGUGACCAAAGGGAGGCCCAGACCUUGGACAGCCAGAUCCAGGAGACAAGCAUCUAAUGAUGACAUUCUGGUCUCGUCUUCCGUCUCCCCCGUGUUCCCCUCUUGUCUCCCCUGUUCCCCUCUCCCUUCCCUCCUCCCAUGUCACUGCAGAUUGAGACCUACAGGCUGACGUUCCGGGCAAACGCCAGGGCCCGCACCGACCACGGGGCCGACAUUGUCUCCCGCCCCCCACAUUUCCCUGGCGGCCCCAACUCGGGCUCCCGGGUCCUUGGCCCCCUUUCCCGGACUGUCCACUAGACCAGUGAGCGCUUGGGCGCCGGGCAGCCCGCUAGGCUCGCCUUCCCUCCUGCUUCGCAGCAGCAGCCCCACCCCACACCUCCUCUCACGCUCCAGCCCAGGCCCAGCUCCCUGCUUUCGUCUUGCCCCAUCACUGCGCCACUGCUCCAUAGAGGAGGUUGGGAGGGGGUUGGGGUGGCUGAGGCUAAGUUGGGAUCUAGGAGAGGAGAACUAGAUUCCACCCUCAUCUUUGUUUGGUUCUUUGGUCCAAACCCAAAAGAAACUGACAUGCCCUCCCUCCUUCCUGGAUCUACCUGGAGGGAAGAGUGGAGGCGGAGUUUGAGUGGUGACAGGACGCUGACUGUGGCGCUUAAGCCACUGCCUCUCCCUUUGGCGCCACCAAUGCCCCCCCCCCACAUGCAGGUGGUGUCCAGCCCUUCUUGCUGCCCUGCCCCAAGUUGGGGUCAGUGCUGCCUGUUCCCAUGCUUAACAUACCCACCUAGCUGCUGUCACAUUUUUCUUGUUUUGUCCUUUUAUUUUUUUUCUAAUAACCUAAAAACUGGCGAAAUAGUUCUGCAGGUUGAAGCCAUGUCUAUAUGAAAGUCCUCAGUAAGUGUUAGAGGGAACAGGGCGGAGAGAUCCUUACGCCACCCCCGCUGGAGGAUGUGGGCAGCUUAGGGCCCUGGAGGCGGUGCAGCAGGGAAGAGGGGUGCAGAGGCUGUGGCUGGUGAGCCGGUCGGGCACACAAGGGGCUCUUGGAGCGUGCACUGGUUGGUUUUGCCAUUUUGUUGUGUGUAUGCUGCUUUUCUUUUCUAACCAAGAGGCUGGUUUUGGCAUCUCUUUCCCAUUCCCUGGGAUCUGGUGGUCAGCCCUAGGAUACAAAGCCAGGGCUGGAGAACAAGAAAGGGCCAGGAGAUGGAAUUCCUUCAGGCCGGCACCCGCACCCUAGGACAUGCAAGCCCUCAUGUCCAGGGGACCCUCAUGCGGACAGUGGGAAAUCAGGUCUGGAAAUUUAAAAAUAAAAGGCAUGAGACUAAGGCCAUCUGCUUCCCCUACGCCCUGACUGGAGAGGGGAGGGAGGAGAGGUGAGGCCCACAGAGGGCAUCCCAGCUAGGCCUUGGGAUGGCUGCAGUGAGGAGAAAUCCUGGGAACUGUAUUGACACAAAGAUUCUUAUUGCACUUGUAUUUUUUGUAUUAAAGUUUGCAUGGUUUCUAAUAAAGGAUUCAAACAUAAGUUUGUAGUGAAAUGGCCUGGAAGAUUCCAAGGGCUUCUCUGGAGGGGACUGGCUACAGUGUAGAUUUGCCUCUGAGGCUGCCCCAGACUUGGCCUCCUCAGGCCCUUCCUGACCUCUGCCCUUCUCUGGUCCUGGCAUCCCUUGGAGCUGGAGAAGGUAGGGGUCUUGGCUUAGGUUUAGAUUUGAUCUCCAUGUGCAGGGAGGCAGUCCUGGGCCUGACAGCUCCUCCCCCUUUCUGAGGUGGCAGUGCCUUAUGGAGGUUUGGCACCAUGUCUCUAGCUCCCCAGGCACACACCAGGAAACUGCAGGGCCUCACAGAGGAAGUGCUGCCUGGGCCGGGGGGACUAGCUUUCCUCCAUAGAGACCAUGUGCAGAACACUUCCGCUGUGCCCAGAACAUGAGGGAGCCAGUGUUUCGUCAGCAGGAGGAAGGGCCUGCUGGGAUGAAAGUGAGAAGGAAACAGUGAGGGUUGGGUAGUCAGGAGACACCACAGGGGCAACAGCACAGGCCCAGAGUACCUGCUGCCUCUGCUGCGUCUGUCCCAGGGUCAUGAGGAUGCUGAGGUUGACGACAGGUUCCAGGUCCUUUCGCUCCUUUGGCCAAGGGUUGGGGGGAGGUGGCCCAAGUGGCAUGCUCUCUAGGUAAGACAAUAGGAGUGGUCAGAGUUCCCUCGAAGGAUCCUGCACACCAGAGCACCUGAGAAGGCCAGGACCAGAGGCCCUGUGUGAUGUGUACUCCGCAGCCAUUUGGGGUGGGACAGUUCUGUACUUCCCGAUUUGCUUAUGGCUCAGCCAUUACCUGUGUCAGUCUGUGAUUCUGUUGUAACAGUUUUAAGAGUAAAUAAAGCUGCCUGAUGUCCCAUCA